AUGGCUGGCUCGCAACUGAAGAAUUUGAAGGCCACUUUAAAAGCCCAUGGUCUCACGGGGCAGGCAAACGUCAAAAAGAACAAGAAAAAUACCAAGAGGCAAGCAAAAGAAUACGAUCGUGAAGAGAAGGUGAAACUUAUCAACAAGAUCAGAGAACAGUUCAACCCCUUUGAAGUGAAGACUGCAAAGAACAAGAGAAAUGAAACUGGUUCCAAGGAUAACAGAAUUGCCGUCGGUAAACCCGGUAUUUCAAAACAGAUCGGUGAAGAAGAAAGGUUACGUUCCUUUGAAGCUAGGAAGUUAUUGAAAAACAGGAAAGGUGGUCUUGUUGAUAGACGUUUUGGUGAAAGAAAUAAGAAUAUGACGGAGGAGGAAAAGAUGCUCGAGAGAUUUACGAGGGAAAGACAGAUUCAAUCCAAGAGAAAACAAAGUUUAUUUAAUCUUGAUGAGGAUGAUGAAGAUGAUCAAUUUGAUAUGCAAGGCAACAACUUAACACACUUAGGUGCUCCUUUAAAUGAAACGGAACAAGAUGACUUCGGACUGGACGAACCUUUUGGCAAGAGAGGUCGUUUUGAUGAUGAUGACACCCUUGGUGAACUAUUACCUGCCAGAAAAAAGACUAAAGCAGAAGUUAUGAAGGAAGUUAUUGCUAAAUCUAAGUUUUACAAACAGGAAAGACAAAAGGCCCAAAGUAAAUUAGAAGAUCAAAUCGAUGAUUUGGAUGAAAAUUUCGAUGAUAUUAUGUCUGAACUUAUGACAACUCAAACUAAGAAACACACCAUCGAAGCCAAAGAACAGAAAGACAUAGAUUAUGACAUAAAAGUUAGGGAGCUUCUGGAUGAAAAGAGAGCAGCUCCAGCUGAUAGAACCAAGACAGAAGAAGAAUUACAAAAGGAAGCAGAAGAUAAUAAGAAAAAAUUAGAACAACAAAGAUUAGAUCGUAUGCAAGGUAUUUUCAAUACAGAGGAUGAAGAAGAAAGAGGUAUUGAAGACUUGGAUGAUGGGUUCUGGGAAAACUCUGAGGAAGAGGAUGAGAAGGCAGAGGAUGAUAUCCCUGACUCGGAUGAUGAUAUUAAAUUUGGUGAUGAGGUCAAGGAAAUUGACAGAGAGUUUGCUUUGAAAAUUGCAAAAUCACUCCCAUGUCCAUCCAAGCAUGAUGAUCUCUUGGCAUUAUUGAAAAACUUCCCAUUAUCUGAACAUCCGAAGAUCAUUAAGAAAAUCAUAAAUGCAUACCAACCAAAAUUAGCUGAAGGUAAUAAAGAACGUCUAGGCAAAUUCACUGCAAUCCUUUUAAGACACAUAAUGUUUUUAGUCCUAGAAGAUUAUGAAGAAAAUUUGGGAGAGGUUCAGGAAGUGCAAACUUCUUUGAUUUCAAUUUUGAAAACAUUAUCUGAGAAAUAUAACCAUGCACUCUCUGACGAAUGUAGGAUUAUCAUAUCAGAAAUUCAAACAAAUUUCAAAAAUUCCAAUUUUGCGGGGCUUAAUACUGGCCAUUUAAUGUUUUUCAUUCUCGUCGGUAUUCUCUUUUCUACAUCUGAUCAAUAUCAUUUAGUCAUUACUCCAUCAUCAAUUUUAAUCGGUGAAUUUUUAGAACAGAUCAAGUUUAACACUUUGACUAAAAUUGCAUUCGGUGCUGUCUUGGCUUCAAUCUCCUUACAGUAUCAAAGGAUAUCAAAGCGUUAUAUCCCAGAAUUGGUUUAUUUUAUCCAAAAAGUAUUGGUAACAUUCAUAGGGACUCAAAAUUUGAUAGGCCUAAAAUCAGAUACUAGAGAUUUGGCGCUCAAAGAUGACAUUUCAUUCACUGGCAAAGAAUCUGAUGUACUUCAAUUGCACAAAAUUUUCUCAGCUGACCUUGAUAAAGAUACUUCACAAAAAACCAUCCUAUUACAUGUUUUGACAUCGCUAGAAAGGGCAAUGUCACAAAUAUGGAAGGAAUUCUCUGCUUUUGCUGAAAUUACAAAUUCUUUUGAAAUCCUUCUCUCUGAAUAUAGGAACAAAUAUCCAAGUUUAGAAAAGGUUCCAUCAAUUCUAAAUAAGAUCGAGAGGUUAAAUAAGUUCAAUGAACACUUCCCACUAACUUUACAAAACCACAAACCUGUAUCUAUACCCUCACAUGCUCCUAAAUUCGAAGAGAACUUCAAUCCAGACAAGAAAUCAUAUGAUCCAGAUGCUACUAGAAAUGAAAUUAAUAAGAUGAAGGCACAAUUGAAGAAGGAACGUAAGUUUACCAUGAAGGAAAUCCGUAAAGAUACCAGAUUUGAAGCAAGACAAAGAAUCGAUCAAAAGAAGAAAGAACACAGUGAAUAUCAUGCCAAGAUGGCACAUAUUUACAAUACAAUCACUACAGAAGAGGGUGCUGAGAAAAAUAAAUAUGAAAGAGAGAAAGCAUUACGUCGUGGUAAAAAAUAG